AUUUAAACCCCAUGAUGCCUAGCGAGAUAAUGGCUGACCGGGAAUGAUACAAGCUGUGUUUUAUCCAAAACUUGCCAUAUUUUCCUGAAUAAUACAUUCCUUAUUGAAAUACAGACUUAAUCGCAUAGCUUAUUAUGUUUGAGCGUUUAAUGUAACAAACGAUGCUUUCUUGAAUCACGGAGGCCGAAGCGUGAUUUGUGUUCAUCAUUAUUUUGAUCCUAACGGUGAGUGGAGGAGGGGAUUUAACCGUGUUUUAGCAUCACAUCAUGGCCACGGUAGCAUCCAAACGCGAUGGACCGCAGUUCAUCAGCGAGGCGGCCGUCAGAGGAAACAGCGCCGUGCUCGACUACUGCCGCACGUCCGUAUCCGCGCUCUCCGGCGCCACGGCGGGAAUCCUCGGCCUGGCCGGACUCUACGGCUUCGUCUUUUAUUUCCUUGCUUCUUUCCUGCUGUCCUUGCUCCUGAUUCUCAAAGCCGGUCGCCGGUGGAACAAGUGCUUCAAAUCUCGACGUCUGCUCUUCACCGGGGGCCUCGUGGGCGGCCUGUUUACUUACGUGCUGUUCUGGACUUUCCUCUACGGAAUGGUGCAUGUGUACUAAAGGGACUCGGACAGUACAAGCAGCCGUGUAGAUGUAGAAUAAUGACAGAGAUGUCUCAGGGUAGAGAGUGCUGAUUGAUGUACCACAGGUUUUAUAUGUGAGCUUAUGUUUAGCCGAUAAAGCUUUAAAAAAAAGAGUACUGCUAAUUGCACUGAAAUUUAGAGAUUUAAAAAUGGUGUGUCGUCUUAUUCUUUCCUCUUGUAAUUUAACAUUUUUCUAAUGCUUAUUCGGGGCAAAGCUGGGUUUGGAUCUAGUAUGACAGCCCAACAGAGAAACUAUUAACUAAUUAUUAACUAAUAUGUUUUCAGCUUGCUUUGUGUAUGAUGUGCAACAACACUCAUCAAUAAGAACCAUGUUAAAACACACAAUAC